GCGAUCGAGCACUGAAUGUUAUGGCCGGCGCCGGCGAUAAAUUCGGUUUCAAGUUUUUCCGUAGCGUGAGCGUCAAGUUCGAGAGGCAAUGGAAGGUUGGCCGGUCAGAAAUUUUUUGGAACAAAAUGAGGGAGAAGAAAAUCGCAGAAAUAGAAGCCAAAGAAGCGUGCAAAUGGCUAAGAGCCGCCGGAUUUCCACAGUACGCGCAAAUGUAUGAAGAUUUGCAAUUUCCCAUAGACGUGAACGGCGUACAAAAAGACCAUCCGUUUCUAGACCUAGACUCGUUACAAUCGUUGUUCAGGAGACUGCACGCCUUGAACCGUUGUGCAAACAUGAAAUUGGAUUUUGUGCCAAAACACGCAGUGAUCAAACGCCGUUUUUUAAUCUAUCGAUUUUCCCUUUGGUUCGCGCAGAUUAUAGACAUGGCUUCGAUGCAACAACGGAUGAAGGAACUCAACUGCGUGGACGUGACACCGCCAGAUUCGCCGGUGACCGACGACCACAUAAAGUCCAAACGGUUCUUGGCCAAACCCGAGUCGCUGGACUCGCUGGCAUAUUCCGAUUCAGAAUUGUCGUGGAGAAAUGAGUACACGGACGCAAACAGCAACAACACYAAGCCACUGUUGGAUUUCAUGGCUUUUGGCGGAAGUAAYGACUUUUCAUCUCCCAACGGCAGCCAAGACAGCCGCACGUACAAAAACAAAUACAACGACAGCGUGGAUUCGGUUUCGAGCGYAGUGCAAGACAGCGAUCAAGAACUAGCCACCAAAUCAAAAGGGUCAGUUGUUCGGUGGCAUAGUUUUCAAAAGACCAAACAUCGACCGAAUGCCUUGGYCGCCGGACAAAUGGUCGGGUCGCUCACGGUUGGCCAGCUGUUAGUGUUGCGGAAGUUCGCUCUUCUGAAGCUGACCGCCAUCAUGGAACGGUAUUGUCCGACACACCGGACCGGAUGGAACUGGGAACUGCCAAAGUUUAUGCGCAAAACCAAAAUGCCCGAUCCCAAAGACAAGACYGUUUUCGGCGUUCCGCUGAUCGCCAACGUUCAAAAAUACGGUUCGGCACUACCACCGUUCGUCCAGUCCGCUUUUCGGUGGCUCGAAGACAACGCUCUCGACCACGUGGGGUUGUUCCGGAAGCCCGGCGUCAAAUCCCGAAUACAGCGCCUAAAGCAACUGGCCGAAGCCGACCCGAAAGACAUGUCAGAAGACGUCAUGAGUCAGUGUCACUUCAGCUAUAUGGACGAGAGCAUACCAAUAAGCCUGGAAGAACUAGGCGCGGAAAUGGGUCACGACUGGAGAGGUUACCUGAACGUGUGUACUUCGGCGUUGCUUAAAGAAGCUAAAGACAAGAACAGGGGAUGGAUCGCCGUGGGCAGUUUCGAGAACGUCGACAUAUCGUACAAAAAAGUGGGUGACGGACACCCGUUGCGGCUGUGGCGGGUGUGCACGGAAGUGGAGGCGCCACCCACCGAGGUGCUCGCCCGGAUCCUGUGGGAACGGCACGUGUGGGACGCGGACCUGGUGUCGGCCAGGGUGGUGGCCAAGAUGGACGCGCGCGCCGAUCUGUACCAGUACGCGGUCGCGGCCAUGGCCCCGCACCCGGCCAAGGACUACUGCGUGGUCAGRUCAUGGCGGACCGAUCUCAACCGGGGCGGUUGCGCGGUCGUCGAGACGUCCGUCGAACACCCUGACGCCAAGCAGCCGGCCGCUGGAGCGGUCCGCGGCAUCGUGCUUGCCUCCAGGUACCUGAUCGAACCAUGUGGUUCGGGACGGUCACGUGUUCUGCAUUUGUCGCGGGUCGACACCAAGGGCAGGACCUGCGAGUGGUACAACAAGAUAUACGGACACAUCACUUCCAAAUAUUUGUCUGCAAUACGAAAAUCUUUCGAACACUCUGCUGACGGUCCCGAGAGCAAAGUAUGACUCGGCCUUCGAUUAUUAUUAUAACGGUUUUGUUUGUUUUUUUUUCCAAUUAUUGUUGUUCUUGUUUUUUAUUAUUAUUGUUGUCAUUGUUAUCGCACUCCCGUAAAUGAUUUCAAAGUUUGCGUCGACACAAUAAUAACAUAUACCUACCAUUAAAUAUUAAUUAUAUUAAUUAUUAAUAGGUACCGCUAAAAAUAUGUGUAAUAUAAUUUUCAAUAUUGUACAUAAUUAUGAGUUAGGUAUACGAUCGGACGUCGRGUCGUCGCGUUCAAAUAUUAUAUGUUUGUAUCGUUGUAUUAUUAUAUAAUUUUUAUAUUAUUAUUAUUAUUUUAUUUUUAAUGCUCUACACUAUAUACAAAAUAUUAUUAUAAUUAAAACCUCCAGACCACGUUGUUAAACUGAACAGUAGACUGAUCGCGGUACGUAUAUCCACGCACCCCUGUCCCCCUCCUCCCGACAUCCUAGAAAAACAC